ACAUGGCGAGAUGAAGGAAGUGCCGUAAUAUCUUGAUCAAAACCUCAAAUUUAAGCGAGGUUUUUUACCCCUAAAUAGUAAUGUAUCUUCAAUUUUACUGCGCCAAUACCAGGAAAAUUUAUCUAUCUAGUAUUCUACUGCUUUAAAUAUCUCUACGUUUACUAGAAGUUUGUGAAAAGAAGAAGUUUAUGGUUGAGGCUGACUGCUUGUCUAGCUGCUAGUGUUUACGGACGGAAGCUACCUAACACUGUGAAAAUAUUCACAAGAAAAGACUUUUGUUUAAGCCCAGGAUCAAAAGAAAGACCAUUACUAAUACUUCAACGUAGUAUCUACAGAUUCAAAUCAAAAUGAGCAUUUCAUCAGAAGAUGACGACAGCAACAAAGCCAGAGCUGCCAUCAUUGCAAGAUAUGAUCGGGGCUAUGAUGAUGGUGCUGAAGUAGAUGACUGGGAAGAUGCUAACUACUUUGUGUAUAAAGUUACAGACCGAUAUGGGUUCCUGCACAAAAACCCUUUACCAGAUGAGGCACAAGAUCCAAAGAUGAUCGCUCAUGAGAGACUUAGGAUAAUAAAAUGGGUUAAAAUGACCAAACACUGGGACAAGUAUAUUAGAGGAGAGAAGUUUAGAAAGAGAAUAUAUAAAGGCAUUCCUAAUUCGUUACGUGGAGAGACGUGGAAAAAGUUACUCGGAGUCGAUAAGAUCCCAAAUAGAAAUGAAACUUACGAGUCAAUGAAAAGAAUUGCAAGAUUACAGUCACCAGACAUCAGACAAAUAGAUCUGGAUGUCAACAGAACAUAUCGAGAUCAUAUCAUGUUUAGAGAAAGAUUUGGAAUUAAACAGCAAUCUUUAUUUCAUGUACUUGCUGCUUAUUCUAUGUAUAAUGUGGAAGUUGGUUACUGUCAGGGAAUGAGUGGUAUUGCAGCCUUGUUAUUGAUGUAUUUGAAUGAAGAGGAUGCGUUCUGGGCUUUGUCAGUUUUGCUAACAGGAAGGAAACACAGCAUGCAUGGACUUUUUAUCCCUGGUUUUCCAAAACUGCUGCGAUUUCAGGAACACCAUGACAAAAUACUUAAAAAACUGUCUCCAAGAUUAUUUAAGCAUUUGGAAAGAGAAGGUUGCCAUACAACGCUAUAUACAUUGAAAUGGUUUAUGCAAUGUUUCCUGGACAGACUUCCUUUUUCACUGACGCUUCGAGUGUAUGAUAUUUUUAUGCUGGAAGGAGACCGGAUCUUGACAGCCAUGGCUUACAAUAUUAUGAAGAUGCACAAAAAAAUCUUUAUGAAGAUGAAUCUUGAAGAGGUUGUCCAAUUCUUACAAGAACAGAUGCAUCUUUACCCAUAUGAUGAUGAUGAAGUGAUUGAGCUAUUGCAGUCAUCAAUGUUUGAACUGAAGAAAAUUGGACUGGACAUUCCUCCUCCACCUAAGAAAGAGGAAAUACCUCAGUUACCUCCCGGUUUUGCAUUAAAACGAGGUACAUACCAAACUGCUUCUGCACGUGCACGGAAAAAUAAAGAGAAAGACAAGAUCAUCACAGUACCAUUAGCUCGGCCACCUUCGCCUGAAUCUCCUGUUAGAAUAUCCCCAAUUCGAGGGCUACCAACUCGACCUGAUAGUCCAAACUACAGUGAGAGUGAGAUGUCGAUGAUGUCAAUGUCAACAGUUAAUGAUACACCUAUUAUGAACAGAAGUCCAACGUCAACUGUUAUGGAAGCAGAGAGACCAAGGUUAUCAAGUAUAGAUCUCGAUACACGGCCCUUACAGACAAGGAACAGCUUCAGUCGAAGGGAACAGUAUUCGGAACAUCGUAGAAGCGAUGGAGCUGAGAUGAACGAUGUGGGAUAUAAUACAAUACCAUCUAAGCUCUCAUACCACUCUGAAAGUGUUCUUAUCAAGAAAGAUGGUACCUCCACACAUACUCAGAUAUCUCAGAGAUACAGCCAAUCAGCAAAGCCCAUGUCAACGUUUCGACCAAUCAAUGGUGACAUUCAUGCUCUGAACUAUAGUGCACCCAAGCCUGUAGGGUCACCUGUGUGGAGGACUCGACCUGAAGUGGACAACUCCUACCAGGAACGAAGAAAAGAAAGCAGCUCAAUUUCACGAGGAAGAGCAGACAGUCGGAAUAGUGUCAACAGUGUGUCAAGUCAACUAAGCAAUGCUAGUUACCAGAAUAUGCAGUGGGAAACUUCUAAAGCAAGAUUGCAGUAUGAAGUGACUGAACUCUAGUGUUUGAUAACGUGACAAUAUACCAUACACACUGGUUUGGUCUACACCUACUAGGCUGCACAGUAUAUGCUGGUGCAACAACUGGAAGUACUCAACAGUACCUUGAGUCAAAACUACUAAUAUCAUAUGAUAUUCGUACUUGGUCUCAUACCUCAGUUAUGCACUGGCAUAAGCUCUUGUAUGCUCAUUUAAUUCAGUCAUUGGUCCAGAAGGAGCCUUUUAAUCUUAUGCAUAAAUUGAGUAUGCUAUAUUUUCCAUUUCAAGACUCCUGCUUUUAGUGUUUAUGGUGCUCUACAUCCUCCUUUUGUGGUUUUUAGAAUGACCACAGUUCUUGUAUCAAAGUUUAGUCCCAACGAUGUUUAUCAGUGGAAGGUACAAUCUAGAAAUUAUUAAUAGCUUAUGCGCCUAAAGGAUUAAAUAACUUUAAGAAAUGAGUAUAUAAUAUGUAAUUAUAUUGACAAGUUUGAUGAUUCUUGAGAGAGCAUUGAGAAACCUUAUGUACCCCAAAAUAGGUGUAGCCAUGUAUAUUAUACAUGGAAAGGACCAUGAAUAUUGCAGAUCAACCAAGAAAAACUAUCUGCUUGGAAUGAAAACAAUACAAACUUUUGUGUGGACAUAUUGAAUAUAGACAUCCUUUUAAUGGAAAUAAUAGUCGUUGAAUCAAAUUUAGUGCCUCUAUCCUGACAGGAGCAAAAGUUAAUUGGGGCUUGGCUGGAAUUCUACUAUGGAAUUCCUGGUUGUGUUUCAUGUUCUCUUGUUCAGGGGUCCAAUAGUGAAGAGUAGUGGGGAAGAAAAAUGGCAUUAGGCACACUGUCAAUUUGAAUAGACCUCUUGGGGAUAAUGUUUUGUCAUUUAGUGUUAAUCAAUUAUUGUUAUCUUGAGAAUAAGAUUCUUCACUUGUAUCUUCUUUUCUGCAACUGCUAAACAAAGAAAUGUUACUCAAGAGAAUGCCGUAAAAAAUGGGAAAACAUUACACCCAAGGUAAAUGGUCUAUUAAGUGGUCCUGGUUUGGUAAAUGUUGCUUCUGAGGACCUCAAGAUUCCAUGUUGCAUCACAAAGCUUUGUAGUACCAUCACUCAUGUGAUGUCUAAGAUGUAACAAAGGGCAUAUAUGGUGUAUUAUAUUGACUCUAUGAUUGUAAUUAUAAACUUGCCCCGCCCUUAUAGAUAAUUUAAGAAAUUAAUUUAGGUAUAAAGCUAAGAGAAGGAUAUUGGAAACGACUUCAUGUUUCUUGCUCAGGAAAAAGUAUUAUACUUUGCUGUUAACAUAAGUAUAAAGUCUGCAAGUCUGCAGAUAGUAAAGCAAAAAUAUUGACUACUCUUAGACAUAAUGAACUUAAUCUUAGAACCAUGUUUAUAAAGAUAAUAAAAAUUAAUAGCGAAAGUGGA